UAUUUUUUCAUCGUACUUGAGAUCGUCAAACAAUAUUUAUAAAAAAAAAUGCGCAAAUGUCGAAUAUGCUUGCAAACGUGCAUCAGUAACAAACGACUUGUAGAUCGUAAUUUCCGCGAAAAGGCUCAGGAUGUUUUCUGUUUGAUGAUCGAUGUCUCCAAGCGAUAUAUCUCAUUGACAGCUUGCGAUUCGUGCCUCAGCAAGAUCAACAAGUACUACAAUUUGAAGCACACAUGCCGCCAGCGGGAGGAACUCCGAAACCCAAAGCAGCGCCCGGUCAGUGUUGGAUUUUCGGUUCGAGCAAAUCCUCCGGCACCUCCAGCUGGCAGUGCAUGGUCGAAUGUGCAUGAACAGAAAAAUGCAGAUUACGACGAUGAUUCCAACAUCAAACCGUUGGAAUUUGAAGAGGAACCAGUGCCGAAAAAAAAGUAUGGAGCACCUCGAAAACGGGAACUAAUACGUUUCACAAAAGAGCAGCUUGCGACGCGGUCAAAGAAAGAACUGUACGAUGAACGACGGCAUGUCAUCUGCGAGCACUGUGGCAAAAGAAUCCAGGAUACUCGUUUGGAGAGCCAUUUGAAUUCUCACUUGGGUGUGAAGCCCUAUGCCUGUGAGAAACCUGGAUGUGAUAUGUCAUUUCGAUGCGCGAACUCACGCACAAUUCACGUCAAACGAACGCAUUUUAAUGGAUGCUUCCCGUGUGAGGAAUGUGGGAAGAUCUUAGGAAGUAUGCUAUCUCUAAGGACGCAUUCUUAUUUGCAUCGGGAGAAGCAAUUCAAGUGCGAACUCUGCGGGCUGAUGGUAUUGACGAAAUCUCGGUUGGAUAUGCACAUGCGAGUACACACACAGAAGCGCGACUUCAAAUGCCCCCACUGUCCAAAGUCGUUCUAUGUCAAUACGGUACUAACCCUGCAUUUGCGUAGCCAUUCGGGUGAAAAACCGUACGUGUGUCACGUUUGCCAGGCUGCCUACUCGCACAGGAUACUGUACGUAAAGCAUAUGAAAAAAUAUCACCCGUAUGAGGAAAUUUACAAACUGUCUGAUAUACAGAAGUUUACCGCGCUUACUGCUGACAAUUAGAGAGGGCAUCGAAUGUAAGUAACGCUGGCUUAUCAAUAAUAACGAAAUGUAUAUGCAUAAAAAACC